UCAGUCUGGCUCACUGGAGGAAGGGUAUAACCUCUAUAGAUUACAGAUUUUAUCCAGGAAAAUAUUUGUGUUUACACUUGGACAGAGUUUACAAAGCUCACAGCUCCUUGUGCACAGCUUUACACCGUCCAUAUACAACUGAACUACAGCCUCGUAGACUUGUACAUCUGUAUACGGUGAUGGCAGCGAUCUGGAUCCCCAGCUUACAAAGUAGCAGGAUGAUGUAGGCCUACGUUGACACAGUUACAGUGCUGUUGGUGAAUCUCACGUCUGCGACAGAAUGUCUAUCGGUACCAUCAGGCUGACCUGGACUUUGGCUUUACUGUCCAUGUUCCUUCACUACACGCGUGGUGCGGAUAUGUGUGCAGCACCACCCACCAUACACGUGGAUACCACAGUAUCCGCGAACACUCACUUACUGCUCCGCAUCACCAGCACCAGCGGGGAGGAUUGUUUGCAGUACUGCUGCGUCUACGAUGGUUGUUCGGUUGCACUCUUCUCCUCCGUGGAUAACAGGUGUGAUCUACUGACCUGUCCCUCGGACAACCUGUGUGUGGGAGCCCCUCAGCCGGCCACGACCUUAUAUUUGAUUUCAGACAACGUGCCGGACGUGCUUCUACACAAUCAGAUUCGUCAAUUGGAUUCAACAACAACAACAGGCGCAAAGACGCUGGCGCCAGAGACGUCGCCGGAAAGUUCCACGUCGUCUACGGCGACAAACGCAAAUACCGGCUCUGCAACAACGGUUGCAACAACAGAAGCAGUAGAAACAGAGACAGUAGCCACAGAGAAAGCAGCAACCGACACAGUAGCAGCAGAGGCAACAGCAACGGAAGCGGUAGCAACAGAGGCAGCAGCAACAGAAGUAGCAGCAACAACUGCCUUGCAAACCCCACCGCCCACCCAACUUAGCACGGACGCGACUCAGGUCACCCCAGAGGCAACAUCAACGAUUUCAAACUUAUCCUCCAAUACGCUUCAAACAGCUACUGCAAGUACCAGUUUGCCAGCUACAGAGACGGAGACGACAUUACGCGUCACAGAAUCUACGCCACCCAAUCAGACAAAAACGACAUCACUUGCUACUACCGAAGCUCUAAACGCCACGGACGCUGCAAGCGUAACGGAGUCACCGAGCGUAACGGAGUCACCGAGCGUAACGGAGUCACCAAGCGUCACAUCGUCAACUGAAGAAACCACUCCACACACAAAUGUAACCCCACCACCUUCGAAUUCCCCAACGACCGCGUCCCUUAAUGUCAGCCGUGGAACUGAUACAGUUUCAGGAACUACUACUCAGCAGCCAACAACCAAAAGGCAGACAAGUAUCACUGCCCUUACCUCCGCCCCGUCAUCAAAUGAUUCAUCUUCUACAGCAACAACUGUUACCCAUUCCGAUUCUCCAACAACUGUGAUCUCAACCGUGUCUCCACCGACCACCUCGACGACGGCAGGCACUACGACGUCCUCCGGGUCUGAGGCAACAGUUACUCCUGGAAACAACGGGACGUCUUACACAACGGGCAGUCAGACUACCGACACGACGUCAUCCGGGACGACGGGAACAACAACAGCAGUGGUGCCAGCAACGGAUUCAGCGGAAUCCACAGAAUCGACCAUUUCCGUGAGCGCUGGGAGCACUCCUCUGAUAAGUGCCAACGAUUCCUUGGCCGAUAUUGCCAUCGAGGCGAAUGAUAAGGCGAUGUCUGCCGCGCUCAUUGCUGCCCUCUCCUUCGGAAUCCUAUUCUUUGCUGCUGUGAUAGUGUUGCUAAGCAAACGCCUAUAUGACGGCUGGCAAAGGCGGCAUUACUCCCGCGUAGACUACCUGGUCAACGGCAUGUACAACUAAAACUUCCAGCAGCGGCCAGUGAACUGUGGAUAGUGUGCUUUUAUUUUUAGGAGCCAUUUUUUAAAGGAUUUUACUUUCAAUAUCAUUCAUCAACCGGUGUGGUCAAUUAUAAAGCCGUGCAAUAUGACCAUACUUGUUGUGUUUUUGGUUUUGAAGUUUGAUAACCAUGUUGUAUAUUUCCCUUUUAAAAUACGCUGUUUAAAUUUUCUCUCAUAGUUCAAUUUACGUUCAUAACAUUUUGGUGCAGCUUUAAAUGAGUUUAAACGAUUUAUCAAGUAUGAAGCCUAUAUAGGAAGUGUUGUAUCAGUGGUCUCUGAUUGUGAUACAUUUUAAACUUUGUAAAAGGUUUCUGACGAAUUGCAUAAGCUGACGUCACCACAACUUCCGGAUUACUUGUACACGAUUAUACCAGAACACUUACUCUUAAAUCAGUCAAGUCUGUCCUGUGGGUCAGGGCUAAAAAGUUGUCGAUAUAAAAUUUCACUGUGUUGGAACGUAUGUGUGGGUGGCAGGAUUACCACGACAGAAACAUGACAAGACUAAUUGAAAGAGCGAGUCUCUACAGGGUCAGAAUAUGCCAAUGACCAGGAUUAAUUAAGGCUGUAUAUAGCGCAGGAGGAACACAGAAUAAGUUAAUCAGUUUAAGCGAGCACCUUGCAAUUCUCCUGCGAGUAUCUAACCUAAUUACGCAGUCUCCAUCGCGAGUUGAAUGCCAGUUAGCUUGAGAAUUAAGUGAGCAAUAAGCGGGGUUAUGUUGAACUAUGAUUUAAUUGUUUAUAGUUGAUGAAGUCGUCGUUAUUUAGGUGGUCACGGGUGGGCGGGGGUCAUCGCAUAGAGGUAAGCGGUUAGUAGGCCAAGUGUGUAGUGGUCAUGCAUGUAUGAAUGGGCUACAGACACGCUGUCCAGAUACUUCUCUUUGUCAAAGCAGCUAUUUACAGAUGUAGUGUAGUGCUGUUUAACAGUUAUUUGACUGAGAUAUACAUAAUUGACGGAGUUCUUGAUUCCAGAGAAUCACAAAGUUUUCUUUCUGAAUAAAACAUUGACAUAUGUAUUUUACCGCAAUGCGGAUUGUAUUAACUGAUCUUAAUAUCUGGACAUAUGCAAGCUAACAUUGUAAUCCAGAUAUGCAAAUAAUGCCAAUUGAACUCCGCAUUGUUUUUAGUACGUAUAUAGGGUUUUGAGCGUCACUUACCUAUGCAAGAAUGUGAUUCUGUUUUGUAUAUAAUUAAGGAUUAACGGAGGUUAAUAUUUAGUGCACCUUUAUGGAUGAUUAUGUUGACACAUAGCUUGCCUAUGUUUCGUUUCUAGCAAAUCUAAAUUUAUUCAACAUCGCACAAAUAUUGGUAGGCCUAGUACAUGCUAUUUGAAGGUAUUCAUCAAUGGUUGUUUUCCGGCGACUAAUCGGUCAUUGUAAAUGUGUAAAAUAAA